GCGAGGCUAGAGACAUAAGGUGUAGCUGCAGGAGAAACUAGUGACCUUUUUUAUCCUGCGAUCCUUCUGAUUCGGAGCUCCACUCUCAGUAAACCAAUUUAAGCCUUGCCCUGCUGUUUCGAUUCUCAUCAGCCAGACAGACAGGUGUGCACUUUGAAGUGGGAGGCUCACGACCAAUUGAGAAAUGUCAAGAAUUCCGAGCUUGCGGAGAUCAUGGUCCCUGUCCGAUGAAUCUGAGGCAGCGGAUGGAGUGGAGCUGGAACUCGAACCAGAAGAUCUAGACUGGGAUAACUACAGUGUGACCCUGGAGGAGAAGAUAACUGUCGAGCAGGAGAGCCUUGCUGACACUCAGCAGCGUUGCACGCAGCUGCUGAAGGUGAAGCUGGAGCUGGAGUCUCAGGUCGCUGAGCUGAACGAGCGGCUGCUGGAGGAGGAGAUUUGCACCACUGAACUGAACGCUCAGAAAUGCAGGCUGGAGACUGAGUGCCGCAAUCUCAGGACAGACAUUGAAGAAUUGGAGUCCACGCUCGUCAAAGUGGAGACGGAGAAGCAGAAUUCGGAGCAGAAGCUACGGACACUUACUGAUGAGUUAAUCCAGAGAGAUGAAACAAUAACCAUCCUUCUGAAGGAUAAGGAACAAUUGGAGAAGCUGGUCCAGCACAGACUGGAAGAUUUGCAAGUUGGGGAAGUCAAAGUAAGCUGCCUGACUAAAGCCAACAGCAAACUACAAGCACAGCGAGGUGAGUUUGAAUACAGUUCAGAACAGGUGAAGCAACUGCGGACAGAUCUCGAGAGGGGAAAGCAGAAGCUUGAAGGAGACCUGAAGAUGACCAUUGACAGUCUGAAUGAAAUGGAGAAACUGAAGGUUGACCUGGAAGAAGUCAUUAAGAAGAAAGAACUGGAGAUAAAUACAGUGAACACUAAACUGGAAGAUGAACAAUCUCUAACGGCCACUCUUCAGAGGAAGAUUAAGGAAUAUCAGGCCCGAGUUGAGGAACUGGAAGAGGAGCUGGAUGCAGAGCGAGCUAUGAGAGCCAAGGUGGAGAAACAGCGAGCUGAUCUUACCAGGGAACUGGAAGACCUUACUGAUAGACUGGAGGAAGCUGGUGGAGUCACCGCAUCCCAGAUCGAGAUGAACAAGAAGCGGGAGUCAGAAUUGCUACGGCUGCGGCGUGAGUUGGAGGAAGCCACACUGCAGUCGGAGACCACGGCUGCAGCUCUUCGCAAGAAGCACGGGGACACGGUGGUGGAAAUAACUGAGCAGUAUGAGAACCUGCAGAGGCUACGCGUGAAAACAGAGAAAGAAAAGCAAAGCAUGAAACUGGAACUAGACAGCAUGAGCCUCACCAUUGAUGGCCUUCAAAAAAGCAAGGUGGCAGGUGAUGCACAGAUUCGAAAGCUCGAAGAUUUGCUGUCGGAAGCCACUUCCCGAAAUGAGGAUCUGCAGCGUUCUCUCACUGAGCAGAGCCUAGGCAAAACAAGACUGACAGCUGAAAAUAAUGAUUUAACUCGCCAGCUGGAGGAGGCGGAGAACAAAAUAGGUCAACUGAACAGGUCAAAGAUCAUCCUGACAUCACAAGUUGAAGACUUGAAAAAGCAGAUUGAUGAUGAAUCAAAGCUGAAGAGCACGAUGGCCAUCAGUCUCUCAAGUGCUAAGCAUGACAAUGAGCUGCUGAAGGAGCAAGUUGAGGAGGAGCAGGAGAGUAAAUCUGAACUGCAGAGGCUCAUCUCCAAACUAAACAGUGAGGUCACUCACUGGCGGACCCGCUAUGAAACUGACGCCAUUCAGAGAACAGACGAGCUUGAAGAGUCCAAGAAGAAGCUGAUGUCCCGACUGCAGGAGGCUGAGGAGGCUGUGGAAGCAGCCCAGGCCAAGUGCUCCAGCCUGGAGAAAACUAAACAACGGCUGCAAGUCGAGGUGGAGGAGCUGAGCAUUGACCUGGAGAAGGCGAACGCAGCAGGUGCAACCCUGGACAAGAAGCAGCGAAUGAUUGACAAGCAGAUUUCUGAUUGGCGUCAGAAGUGCGAGGAGAUUCAGACGGAGCUGGAAACCUCACAGAAGGAGUGCCGGCAGUACACCACCGAGCUCUUCAAACUGAAGGCGUCCUAUGAAGAGCUGAUCGAGCAACUGGACUCCAUUAAGCGGGAGAACAAAACAUUGCAAGAGGAGAUUACCGACUUGACCGACCAGCUGGGCGAGGGAGGGAAGAGUGUCCAUGAGCUGCAGAAGUCCAAGAAGAAACUCGAGAUGGAGAAAGAAGAGCUGCAGGCAACUCUCGAGGAGUCGGAGGCAGCGCUGGAGGCUGAGGAGAACAAGGUGGUCCGACUGCAGCUCGAGCUGACUCAAGUUAAGACAGAGAUCGAUCGGAGAAUCCAGGAGAAGGAAGAGGAGUUUGAGGCAACAAGGAAAAACCAUCAGCGGACUCUGGACUCGCUGCAGGCCAGUCUCGACGCAGAGGUGAAAGGUCGGGCAGAGAUGCUGCGGGUGAGGAAGAAGCUCGAGAAUGACCUGAACGAGCUGGAGGUUCAGCUGGACCAGGGCAACAAGAACAACAGCGACCUGCUGAAGCUGCUGAAGAAGACGCAGCAACAGGUGAAGGACAUGCAGAGCCAGAUGGAGGAGGACACGCGGCAGCACGAGGAGCUCCGGGAGCAGUACGCACUGGUGGAGCGGCGCUCCGGCGCCCUCUCCGCGGAGCUGGAGGAAACUCGCGGCGCGCUGGACGUGACCGAGCGCUCCCGCAAGCUCCUUGAGCAGGAGCUGGUGGACAUGACGGACAAGUUCAAUGAAACCAACACGCAGUUCCAAGGACUCACCGUUGUCAAACGCAAGCUGGAGGCAGAGUUCCAGCAGCUGGUGACGGAGCACGAGGAGCUGGCCAAUGAGUUCAGGGGCUCGGACGAGAAGGCAAAGAAGGCGGUGUGUGAGGUAGCCCGACUGGCCGAGGAGCUGCACCACGAACAGGACCACUCCCUGCACCUGGAGCGGGUGAGGAAGGGCCUCGAGGCGCAGAUCAAGGAUCUGAACGGCAAGCUGGAGGAGGCCGAGCAGCUGGCGCUGAAGGGAGGGAAGAAGAUCAUUCAGAAACUGGAGGGACGGGUGAAAGAACUGGAAGUGGAACUGGACACGGAGCAGAAGCAUCACGCAGAGACCGUGAAGACCCUGCGCAAGAACGAGCGGCGGCUGAAGGAGCUGGUGUUCCAAGCUGAGGAGGACCAGAAGAACCAGCACCGCAUGCAGGAGCUGGUCGAGAGGCUCCAGAGCAAGUUAAGGGCCUACAAGAGGCAGGUGGAGGAGGCGGAAGAACAAGCGAACAUGAAUCUGGCAAAGUACAGGAAGACGGUUCACGAGUUAGAUGAUGCUGAGGAGCGUGCUGACAUCGCGGAGGCGGCACUCACCAAAAUCCGCACCAAGAACCGGGCCAGUUUCGGCAAAGGCUACUCCUCGGGUUACAACUCCCCCUUUGCCACCCUUGUCAGGUCUCCUAGCUCGGCUGGGUCAGAAGGAAGAACAGAGAAGGUGCUGAAUGAUGAUGAUUCUACCUCUCUCAUUCCCACUUACCUGAAUUCCCUUAAGAAGUUGAUUAUUGAAUAAUUCCCAGAAGAGGGCCACCGCUCAUGCACUAACUAGAGUGGAUGGGGAAAGACAGCUAGCAUUUACCACUGGAGCGACGUGCAACAAAAAUGAUAUGGACAUCUCAAUGUCUCUGCCGCAUGCAGGAUCUGCCAGUAUCUAUGGAGAAUCAGACUGGUAGGAGCAUCACAUUAAUACUCAACCAUGUACAUUACAACAAGAUUUAAAAAUGUCUUUCAUGAGUAAUUGCUUACAUACAGGGUGUGUAGUGGUUGGGAACAAUGGGUCACAGAUGCAAUUAAAGCUGCAGUGCUUCUUACUAAUAUUAACUGAGAUGGUCUUCUGAAUAAACUGUUAGCAAUCAAUUGAACGUGGAGUAGGUAUAAUAAGACAAUAAAACUGUUAAACCCAGUCACUUCACCCAGAAUCAGAAUGCACUUUGCUGUGUUCUAUCUUGGUACAUCAGCAUCAUUUCUUGCUUCCUCAGGUUGUCAGUUAAGCCUCCUCCGUUCCACACCCUUCAAACUCAGUGCAACAAAGCUCCAUGUCAGAUUUCAAAGCCACACUGGAAUCAUAUUAAAAUUUAAAAGAGACCCAUUUUUGUAUCACUGAGAAAUUGCAUUAUAUUUAUAUUUUAUAUAUAUUAUAUAUAUAUUGUGGACUGCUUAGUUAACUUUAUAAUACACCUUUUAGCUCCAUAUUUGCAGAUGAAAAUCUCUAGCUAGUCAAUUUAACCACCUGUACCUUUAGUGUAAUCCAUGGUAAUUGUUAAUACUACUGUGCA